UUGAGAUGAUCAGUGUCAUUUGUCAACUGUCUGUGGUUUUAAUGUUGUGGCUGAUCAGUGUAUAUGCUAAAGGAAGCUUGUUAUAUUGCCCGUUAUUUCAUAAACAAAAAAAUCUCAGCUGUGGCUGAACAUGAAGUCUACACAGUAAGAACAACAGUAAAAAUAACAAUACAAUGAAAGUAAACCAAGUAAUGGUUGACCUAAUAGUAUUAGGAAGAUGUAUUUUUUGCCGAUGAUGCGGUUCUGUUGGCUUCAUCGGCACAUGACCUUCAGCGAGCACUGGAGAGGUUUGCAGCCCAGUGUGAAGCAGCCGGGAUGAGAGUCAGUACCUCCAAGUCUGAGGUCAUCUUUCUCUGCCAGAAACCGGUUGAUUCUUCGUUUUAGGUUGGGGUGAGUUAUUUCCCCAAAGCAAAGGAGUCAAAGUAUCUGGGAGCCUUGUUCACAAGGAAGAUAGAGUGUGACAUGGACAGACAAACUGAUGAAGUCUCAGCAGUAAUGCUGGCAUUGUAGUGUACCGUUGUGAAGAAGAAUCUCAACCAGAAGGUGAAGCUUGCAAUUUACCAAUCCAUCUACAUUACAACCCUCACCUAUGGUCAUGAGCUCUGGGUAGCGACUGAAAGUAUGAGGUUGCAGAUACAAGUGACCUUCGUAGGAUGGGUGGACUCAGCUUUAGAGAUAGAGUGAGUAGCUUAGACAUCCAGAGGGAGCUUGGCCACUGGCCCUUGGCAUUGAAAAGAGCGAGUUGAGGUCAUUCAGGCAUCGAAUUAAGAUGCCUACUGGACAUACUCCUUGAAAGGUUUUUUGAGCAAGUCCAACCCUAAGAUGACUCUGGGCUAGACCCAGAACUUGAGGGCGGUAGUUCCUAUCUCAUUUGGACUCUGAACAUCUUAGGAUCUCCCAGUAGGAACUGGAAAACAUUGCUGGAGAGAAGAACUUCCAAAAUACCCUGCUUUGCAUCCUGCCACCGUGACGAAAUUGAAAUGACAAGCAAGUUAGUCUCAGAUACGUCGGUUAGUGUAAAGACUGGAUUGACUGACAGUAAUCCACAAAUCACAAACUAAAUCAGCAUACCACAAAUUAACAAUCAUCAAACACAUCUGUCUACAUCUGCUGCUCACAGAUGGGACAAAAUGGUGGCCUUUAACAAAAUCGGUUAAACUGUAACUGUCACGAACCAUUUGUGAACAGGGGUUGCUAUAGUGACAAAAAAAAAAAAACAGCCUUUGAUGUCAGAAAAGACAAAUCUGGAGGUGUCAAUAGCGCAUCAUGCUACAGGGAGCAGCAGUCAAGCAGCCAUGCAUAUAAUGUACCUGUCAUCAUGUGUCACUGCUCAUAUUUGAGCAGGAGGCUGCAGCUGACUCUAAGUUCUCUCCUACAUACAUCACAGUGCUAUCGUUCUAUACUUCCAGCUCCUGGUCACUCUAUCCCACCUCUUUAAUUAUGCAUACUAAGAAGGACCCCCAUCUGAGGUUUGGGUCCUGGUGGUGCUGCUCCUUAGUCUUACUGUUUAUUGGCUGCCAGAGUGAACAGACGGACUUCGGCUGCUAGACUUUCUGCAAUAUUAUUUUAUUUUUUAGAAUAUUGAUAUUGUAUUUUUCUCGAGGUUAACAUUUUUUUUCAUCAUCUGUCACAUUUCUGGUGAUUUGACGGUUUCAGGAAUAUAUUUAAACAGGAGCUGCUGCAGCUUUGUGACACUGGAGUGUGAAUGAGCAGGACCAACAUGGAGAACAAUAAGCCAGUGAAGGAGGUGCUCCCGCUGCCUCGCCACCCCACCAUACUGCCUGCAGCCUCCCCAUCUCUGACUCCUGCUGCCAUGUCAAAGAAAUUCACCACAGGCUCCAUCCAGCAUGUCCAGGUGGCCUCUUCAGUGGUGACAUCGCUCAAUCAUCUGAAGCCUCCAGAAAGGGACCUCACGCUGAUGUCUCACAUGAAGUCUAUUAAGUCUCUGCGGCAUGCUGGCAUCACUGCAGUCUUCACUGGACAAACGAAGCUUGAUGGUGAGGAGGUGCUGAAGGAGUUACCAAUCGUCGAUGUGAUCCUGGCUGACAUUGACUCCCUGGUGCCCACUCACGAUGAAACCGGUCGGCCAAUCGCAGAGUGGAAGCGACAGGUGAUGGUGCGGCAGCUGCAGGUCAGACUGCAGGAUGAGGAGGAGCAAAGGAGACAGGACGUGGCUAACGGCUACACACCAGUAGACGGCUGGAAGUACUCUCAAACUCACAAUGCAGUCUUGGGGCCCUUUGGUGAGCUUCUAACAGAGGAGGAUCUGGUGUAUCUGCAGCAACAGAUUGAGUCUGUUUCACUGCAGAAACGCUGCCAGGCCUAUGAGCUGGAGCUGACCAGGCUGACUGAGGAGCUCAGGUCAAUUUUACCUGAUCCUAUUGUCAACAUUUCCCUCAACAAAGAGGCCCUGCAACAGAUGGACUCUGAGGGGAAAAUGCCCCCGACUCUGCCACUCUGGUGCAGUCGUGUCUCGGAGAUUGUUAGGAGUAUGUCUCUGCUGGUGGCUAAUCUGACUCCAACCACAGAAAUAGAGGGUGAGAGGAUGAUAGUGGAAGGCAUGAUGGAAGGGAUAAAAGAUGGAUCAGGAACCGAUUUAGGACAGGGAUUCAUGCAACAGGGCCCUGAGACAGCACAUGUGGAGAGCUCUAGUGGAUGUAGGAUACCACACAUAGGGAUGGCGUCUGCCUUUAGCCAUCGUUUGGAGAGCAACAACUACAGCAGAGCACGGAGGGAAAGGGUGGAGAGGGAGAUCCAGCAGUCUGGGGUGUCAGUAAAAAUUCUCAGAUCCAACUUUGAGGGUCAGAUAGGCAGCAUUUACCCCUUUGCUGGGAUCAUAAAAGGAGGACAGGUAGCGGUUGGCGCUCCAGGAGGAAACAACCACAGUGCCAACACAGGCCUUAGCUGUGAAGUCAGCCAAUGUGGUGCGCCCCAAAAACUUGUACCUGUAAUGGAAACUACCAGCUUAAGAAAAGAGAGAAUAGUGGUGCUGUUCCUGAGCCACUGGAAGAAGUCUGCAUACGCUAUUUCGGUGAGAGCAGCGAGGCAGAGGCAGGAACCGGCUGCAGUGUUAGUAGCACAGCCCCAACAGAAAAUCACCUCCAUGUUUCGGUUUUGCCAACAACGAGGUGCUGUGGACAAAAUGUUAAACUCCUGGAAGAAUAAACUAGAACUCAAAGAUGCUCAGAACUCGUGUUUAUCCUCCUUCUCACAAAACCCGCCCCCUCAGGUCACCUACUCCCCCGAACAAUUCCUGCCAGAUUUGGACGGUGUUGCAAUGAGCCACGACAGCUUGACCCUCGACCUCUUUAUGCUGGGGUACUUCCACAUCUUAGAGCAAGACCUGUCGCCUGAGGAGAGGAAGAUGAGGCAUCUGCUCUGCUUCGAAGUCUUUGACCAUGUUGGCAGUUUCCCCUGGGAGAAGGUGCGAGACUUCCACAAGGCUGUUCUAAGGGAAAUCCAGGCUGGGAGGCGACAGUGGAGCGACGGCUUUGAGGACAUCAAAGUUCGCUUCUUUGGUGAAUCAAAACCGUGUCGCUGUCCAUCAUCAUCAUCAUCAUCACUGGUGCCAGACUCCAGAUUAGUACCCAAGGUUAUAGUUCAAAGUGCGACUCCAGAUGAGAGUUGCAGUGACACAGACUUCACCGGCUUUAACAAUGAGGACAUCUGUAAAUAUAUUGACCGAAGUUUUGCUUUUUGGAAAGAGAAGGAAGCAGAGCUGUUUGAUUUUCAACAUUAGGUUUAAUAGCAUUUUUGCACAAAAUGAUGUUGAUGUGUUUGUUUUGGCAAACUGAUUGGAGCUUAGUAAAAUUCUGCUGAGAAUGCCUGACUGACGUACUGUUAUUGCAAUAGAAAUUAGAGACUUGGGUAGUUUGCGUAGGCUUCCUGCACCCAGUUAUGCCGCUUCUGCAAACAGAAAAAGAUUUCUAUGAUUUUUUCAUUUAAAAAUGUCUCAUGGUAUUUUUAUUUACUGACAGCAGGGCCAAAGAAAACAUUUCAUACCGUUGGAUUCAGCUGGUAAGAUCACAGAGAAUUCUUAAAAUCAAUUUGCACUCUGUUACUUACUUAAAGACGCAAUCCACUGACUUAACAUAUCAAAGUUGAUUAGCUAUAAAAAGUGACUUUUAAAAUGUUUUCUGUCAAAAAAAUUGUUAUAUUUUAUUUUUUCCUCCCAAUUCAACAACAUACCUCUGUAGUGGCAUCCCUUGGGGACUGUGAGUUGAUCUGUG